AUGGUGUUCAUCGCAGAGUUAUUCUGGUGGUUUGAGAUCCUCAAGCCCGAAUUUGUCCAGCCCCGGGACUUGCAAGAAGUCAAAGACGGUACAGACGUUGUAUUUUUCUUCUUAUGUUAUUUCAAUAAUGUAUUAUUUUACACUUUUGUAUAAUAUGUGAUAUUGUCUUUCAUUCAUCCAGAGCCAAUGGUUUCAUCAGAUGUUUUUGAAUUAGUCUCAUAAGAACACUAACCUAUAAGGUUCCUCAGAGUUUUGAUUGACACUCUUUGCCACCAAUCUCAUAGUGAGGUCACUGCUGCAGCCCAAGAAUUCCCACCCCCAUGUCGCCAUCUCCAACGCUACCAAACGCAGCUUCCUGGCCACACCCGGCUCUCCUGACGUCAUAACAACGUCCCAAAGCCCAGAUAUCUGUAACAGGUACUACCUGAAACUCUGUCCACUUUUCUGUCAGUCUGUUUCUGUCUGUCUGUUAUCUUAGUUUUCUGCUAGGAUUGGAAUGAGCCUUUGCUCACCUGUGUGUGCGCGCGUUGCAUGUGUGUACACGUUGCAUGUAUGCACAUGUAUGUGUACCUGUGUGUGUGCGGGCGUGCUUGUGUGUGUCAGGGUUUCCGUUAGCCGGUAAUUAGGAGCACAUUCCCUUUAAGAGUGUGCUCCUAAUCUCAGCUCGUUACCUGUAUAAAAGACACCUGGGAGCCAGAUAUCUUUCUGAUUGAGAGGGGGUCAAAUACUUAUUUCCGUCAUUAAAAUGCAAAUCAAUUUAUAACAUUUUUGACAUGCGUUUUUCUGGAUUUUUUUGUUGUUAUUCUGUCUCUCACUGUUCAAAUAAACCCACCAUUAAAAUUAUAGACUGAUCAUGUCUUUGUCAGUGGGCAAACGUACAAAAUCAGCAAGGGAUCAAAUACUUUUUUUCCCUAUACUGUAUCUCCUGGAUACAGGACAAACACUUCAAAACCUUGUUUCUUAUGAUUAAUUUUUUGACUGUCUUUUUUGCCAUUUAUUCAAUGUGUUUCUCUGGGCUGUAGUAGUAAAGGCCAUAUUCAAUAUUUUAUCAAAUCAUUUUUGUAUAUAUAUUUUUUAUACCUAAAGGAUCCAACAAUUAAAAAUCAAAUAGCUAAAUGAUCCAUAGUAUGACCAUCUUUUUCAAACAAUUCCAUGUGUCAGCUUAGAACCCUUGGUAAUCGCUGCAAUAUAGCCUGUUCAAAACGUUUGUGUUUCAUUCUGUUUUCUUCAGCCAAAUUAAGUUCCAACUGUAAUGUUGUGUUUGCCGCAGUAUAAUAUCCUGCUCGUAUUUUCCCGAUAAACAAUGGCUUGACUUACUUUUUAUGUUACCCUAAUAAAGUUUAGAAGCUUUUGUGAAGGUUUGGUGUGGCUAUUAGCCUAUUAUACUGCAGGCCUAUGAAAUGAAGGCACUGCGCACCGGCGCUCCAACUGACCGACAGUUUAACUUAAGGUGAGGAAGAAUGUUUUAGGCCUACCAGAGUUACUUCUAUAAUCGAACAAUAUAAUGCUUAUCUUUAUAAACAAUAUUCUAAUGGAAAAUUCACAAAUUCGCCUCCUUCUGUAUGCCUAUAUCUGUAUAGCAGACGCGAGUAGCUGACAAGUAUAAAGAAAUUAAUGUCGGUGUCGUAGAAUGCCACCGGCAUAUCUCGAUCUCUCUCUCUCUCUCUGGGGCUAGGCCUAAGCUUCUCAUCCUUUAUAUUUAUUUGUUAAAAUAUUAAUAUAAUACAGUGGACGCCUAAGCCAAUAGGCCUAUGCAUGCAAUGCCCUGACGCAUUUAGUGCUUAAAUCUCUGACAGCUGAACCGUGAUGUGGACAACUAUUGCUUUAGUAAAGUAAAAACCAAUAAAACAACAGGCUAUAAGGUUUUGCAUAUGCUACACAUCGAAACACAUGUUUUUAAGGACAUGUAAAUGUGGCUCAUUUUGCCAAUAUCCCUCGUUUAUUGAUGGUGCUGGCUGCGUGGGUGGGUGGCCUAAUGGGUUACACACCCAAUGCAUAUGGAUGACCGGUACAUUUCUCAAAUGUCCGAUUAAAUUAAAAUCUUCCCGGUCAAUUGUCCCGCGCCAAAUUUCCCUGACGGAAACCCUGGUGUGUGCGUGUUUGGGAAACUAUAAUGGCGAUUUGUUUCCUUUGCAGUACCAAAGUCAGUCCUGCGUCUAGCCCCUCACACUCAUUGCUCCCUCUGAGACAGAGGCAACAGAUGUCCAUACAGGAGGAUGACGCCUCAGGUAAGAUCAACUUGAACUGUACUGUGCUAGCUUGGAUAUUUUAUUUUCACAUUGUCCUUUUUAUGCGUAACUAGGCAAGCCCAGCACAGCUUGGCUUGGCUUGGUUUGGCUCGAUAGUGUGAAUCUGGCAUUUAUUUUACCUUUAUUUAAGCAGGGAGACACCAUUGAGACCAGGGUCUCUUUCACAAGGGAGCCCUGCAUAUUCAAUUUCAUAAGACAAAAUCAAAAACAAUAUAAAAAAAGUAAAAUACAGCACAACACAAAUAUUCAAGAAAAACAAUGACAUUCCUCAGUAAGAAGGUCCCCAAUCAAUAUUUUUAAUUGCCAGAGUGGCACCAAAACAUCCAAUUGUAAUUGAUUUUGUAUUUGGUUUCAGCAAUGAGGUUCUUUUAAAAUAAAAGCGGAUUGACCUAGUUCAGUGGAGACUUGAGGAUCCUUGAGUUAACCAACAUGAGAAGGACAAUAUCAGACUUAUAGUCGUGCUGUAAAUUAGUCAAGUUCAUUUUCACUAAUGAGUAAUGCUCAUCACAUUUUGAUUUAAUCUAGUUUGAAGGCUAAUGUCACAAAGGCUGAUACAUAAAUAAGGCUUAUGUUUAAUAUUUUGUGUCUGUGUUUAGGGCAGAGAAACAGGUCCAACUCUCUGUCACGUGUGGACGGUCAAGUUCAGGGGUCAAUCCUGGCCUGGCCAGAGACGAGACCGAGGUGAGUGGUUAAUUUAACAUUUCAGUCAUGUAUACUGAAGCGAGAGAAAAGAAAAGAGAGAUUUCCAGUAUGUGCAUUCAACUAGGGUAGGUGAACGACAACAGUGUCCAUUCAUACUUCUCAGAACCCUUUCCAAUUGCAUAUUCAAGUUCACCUCUGUUAGAUAGUGAUGUGUGGCAACAUCAUGGUCUUGCCUUGAUCCUUCUCAUCUCCCACUCUCUCCCCUCCCCACCCAGACCCCUGUCCCAGCCGGUGCCCUACGCCCUCCACUUCCCCCUGGAGGGAGAGGGCAAUCGCCUGAGCCUGGCCCGCUCCAUCAGCAAGGACAGACUGGGAUCCAACAUCAUCAGCAUCACCCCCAAACACAUGAUUGGGGGGAUGGGGGUGGGUGUCCAACUGGUUCCCCGCAGGCUCAACGGCCAGGACAUGAUGGGACACAUCCGCUUCAAGGAGGAGGAGGAGGAAGGGCUGGUGACCAUCUUCAACCCGGCGGGUCUGGCCAGGUGCUACGGCCCCCGUGCCACCCCCGAGAGUGAUGACAUGGAGCAGGACGACCUGGAGGUCCAGAGUGUGGUGACCUCCAGAGUGUCCAGCGCUCUGCACGCCUCCUGCCUCGCUGUCCCUCACCCCGACCCCCAGGCUGAGAGUUUCUACCUGGAGCCCCUGAUGCCAGCCAUUUUUAAGCCCGCCAAAGAGAAGAGCGUCAGCCUGAACAAGGAGGAGGAAAGCGGGGAGAGUAGAAGCAAAGCGGGCCUUAAGAGAACCACUGAGGGUCUUAACUGCACGUUCACCCCCAUCCCCAAUGCGGAGCCCACCUCAGGUCCCCUUACACCACCCACGAAGGGGAGUACGGGUUCUUCUCAGCCCGCUCUGAUGGGGGCAGCAGAGCCCGCCACCAGGGAGCAGUCCUGUGGCUUUUUCCUCCACCUGUCACCGGAGCCCGGGGACCAGACGACGCACCUCUUGGGGCUGGCACCGCGCCACAGCCCCUUCCCCACCGGCAUUACUACAGCUUGGGUUGGCCGGGACACAUACUCUGAGAUUGCCAACCUGGAGGAGGAGGAGGAGGAGGAUCAGAUGGAGCUUGCCAAGGAAGUGCUGAGGAGGGUCAGGGGGAAGUGCCUGGGAGAGGGAGGGGAGGGCAAAGGGGAACCGAAGGGGGGUGAGGGCGAGUCGGCCAAGCUCCGGGAGGACAUGAAGGUGUGCGAGCACGAGGAUAAGGAAGACCUGGAGGCAUGGAGCGGCCCGUCCAGCCCUUGCCUUAGCACGGCGUCCUGGGCCAGCUGCGUGUGCAGCAGCGGCAGCGUGCGGAUGACCAGCUUUGCAGAGCGCAAGCUCCACCGAAAGGUCAGCAGCUUUCCCGACAGCUGCUCCAAUAACAGCAGCUCCCAGAAGACCACGCCCGACGGCUCAGAGAGCGCCCCCUACACCCUAGGAGGCUUGUGGUGCCUGCAGGCUCCUAGCCCAUGUCGGCUGGCUAAAGACGCCGCUUUGCGGGUGGGGAAGGAGGGCGGCACCACCAAUGUCCUGGCCUCAGAGCUGGUGCAGCUCCACAUGCAGCUGGAGGAGCAGCGGCGCGCCAUAGAGCACCAGAAGAAGAAGAUGGAGACCAUAUCGGCGCGCCAGCGCCUCAAGCUGGGCAAGGCUGCCUUCCUCAACAUUGUCAAGAAGGGGGGUGGCAAGAGCGACACGCUGCCCCAGCCCCUCAAACACCUGGAGACCCAAUAUAAGACGGCCAGCAAGGACUGCAGGGACGACUCGUGUUUGGAUGUCCUGAGGGGUCAGGGGAAGGAUGGACAGCAGCAGAGGGACAGGGACAACAAAACAAACCGUGGUGGUGCAGGGCCACUGGACGAGGCGGGGGCCGAGCCAGACCUGAGCGAGUGUAGCCGCUCCAUAGAGUUGCUGAAUGAAGCCAUCGGCGCCAUUCAGCAACAGAUGAUGCAGCUGUCUCUACAGCAGGACCGUCUGAUGAAGCAGAGCGUCCAGUCACCCCUAGGGGUCCCGCCUGCCGCCUCCCUUCUAUUCCUACCCUCUGCCCCUGCAUCUGCCCCUACACCCACCCAAGACACCUCUUCAACCCCUUCCUCAGCCUCCUCCGCUACCUCCACCGCUGACACAGACUCCAAAUUCCACCCGGCCGUGCAUUUCGUGGAGACCAUCACCACCGCUCUGCCCACCCGCCGCCCUCCCAAACUAAGCUCCGGCUGCAGCCGCAGCCGCAGCACCAGGACCAAACCCUCCGAACUCAAACUGACCAAGGAGAAUGGCAGGCCGGCCUCCAAGACCGGCACCCCCGCAUCCAACACAGACCCUAAACGCGCCCCAGGGUGGCACACCACCUCCCGAGGGGAGCAGGAUAGGGACUGGAGUCAGAACAGCAGCCCCACCUGCGUGAUAUUCGCAGAGAGCCCCAGGGCCUUGGAGAGAGGCACGCUCCGUAGCACCACCUUCAAGAUCAGAGAUGAGGCCAACCAGCGCAGCCACAGAGACUGGCCCACCCUUACCCCUAAGCAUCCCCCCCCUGAGGAUUCAACCCCCUAUGGCACCCCUCUCACACCCCACUGUGUGGACGUGGCUGAGGGGCUGGAGGGGCGGGAGCGUAGCGGCUCGGGGAAGGAGAAUGAGCCCGGCGAGGAGGUAGGUCGAGGGAAGGGCCAGCUGAUCGAGGUAGACCUGUCCGACCUGAAGGAACCAUCGGAGGAAGGAGGCUCUGAUAUAGGGGACACCUCGGCAGACGGAGAACAGAAGUCGGGACUGGGUUUCUUCUUCAAGGUAGGAAUUUUACUAAGGGUGGCUGCAUCUCAAUAGUCUGAAAUCGCUAUCUCUACUCGUCUGAAGUAAUGAAUUUCCCCUUGAGGGACAAUACAUUUGUAUUAAGGCUGUCAAAGUUAACGUGUUCAUGACAGUUAACUUUUACAAUUGUAUUAGAUUUUUUGAAUUUGGUAAAGGGUUGGUGAAAAACCCUUAAAGGUCCAAUGCGGACGUUUUUAUCUCGAUAUCAAAUACUUUCUGGGUAACAAUUAAGUACCUUAGUGUGAUUGUUUUCAAUUAAAAUGGUCCAAAUGAAAUAAAAAUAGCUUCUCAAGCAAGAAUUUAGCUAGGACUGUCUGGGAGUGGUCUAAUUUACCACAUGGGGAUGUCACCAUGGAAGGCCAAAACUCCAUUCCACCAAAACAGGCAGAAAUUUCAGGUGGUCUUUUCAAACAGCUCUUACACUAAAAGGGCAUUAUCAUAAUUUCACAGUAUUAUUCCAACCUCAAAGUGUGGAAAUAUGCACUGAGUGUACCAAACAUUAUGAACACCCGCUCUUUCCAUGACAUAGACUGACCAGGUGAAGGCUAUGAUCCCUUAUUGUUAAAUCGCUGCUGGGUAUUUCACACUCAACAGUUUCCUGUGUGUAUCAAGAAUGGUCCACCACUCAAAGGACAUCCAGCCAAAUUGACACAACUGUGGGACGCAUUGGAGUCAACAUGGGCCAGCAUCCCUGUGGAAUGCUUGGACACCUUGUGGAGUCCAUGCCCUGACGAAUUGAGGCUGUUUUAAGGGCAAAGUGGGGGGUUCAACCAAUGUUCCCUUUAAGCUGCGCGCGUGCCCAGGUGGGCCGCUGCCCUCGGACUGCCACAGAUUAAAUAUCAGCCCGCGCCGAGAAGCACGAGAUUGAACUUCACUGAACUUUCUAGAGUUUUUCCCUUUAGUUAACACUAUCAACGUUUCGCUCUGCUAUGGGAAUUGUGCUUGAAUCAACGCAAUAUUAAUCACUUUCAAUGAAACAUACCAAAACAAAAUGAACUUUGCAAGACUUGGUAUGCAAAACUAACUGUGCAAUACAUUUUCUUAUAGGCAGCUCACAUUGGAGUAGGAUGCUAUUGCAUUGACAUGCACAACUCAGGCCCGUACUUUACAAAGACCGGUGCGCCAUAACCAAUCAGUGCCAUUCACUUUGAACUGGACCGCAUGAGCGGUCUUGACUAGAUGCACUUGUUUUGAGAUCAAAGCGAGAGCUGCAUGUAGCCACCCUGCACGUGUUCAUAUUAUUUGCUAGUUAGUGAGUUAUUAGCCCAGUCAACAAUGGGGGAGUGGUUGCUUCCUACGAGAGCAACAUUUAUUUGCAUUUCUAGCCAUCUUUGAAAAGCAAGUCAGGUGACGAGCUUGUUUUAUGUCUUAAAGGGACAGUGUUGUAAUUUGAGACUGUCUUCAAUAAGAUAGUAGCCAAUAGGCAGAGGGUAGCAUAAUCUGUCUGAUUCUCUGUAAUAAGGAUAUGGGAAUAAUAAUGAAUUUUAUUUUGUAAAGUGGUUUCUUGCAUCAAACAACAACAUUUUCAGUCACCUCCUUCUCUUAAGGACAAGUGGAUAAACAGAGUAAUGUCAAGCCCUGCAUGUUUUUUGUUUUUUUUAUCUCAUGGAAUGUAGGCCUACAUUGAACACCACACAUUGGCUGCUACUGUAGGCUGUCUGAUAGAACAGAUAUUUCCAUGUUAAAAUAUUAUAUGAUGCAUUUUCUCUAUUGUUUUUGAUGAUAGGCCACACUGGUAGGCCUACGUUAUGAUCAAAUAGCCACAGUAUCCGACUUGGGUACAGACACAGUUUUUACAGUAAACGUGCGCCGGAAGUUGUACAGAAUUUUCACGAUGUUCAAGUUUGCGCUCAGCAGACCUGAAAUUUGCUCAGUGCCGGAAAUACAUUUGAGGGAACAUUGGGUCCAACUCAAUAUUAGGAAGAUGUUCUUAAUGUUUUGUACACUGUGUAUAUAAAACACAGGAAUAUCACGUUUUUGGCUGCACUGGGCCUUUAACCCUUAGCAAAUUGCGAUUAAUCUAAAUUAAUUACAGAAAAUCAUGCAAUUAACCCAACUAAUUUGUGUUGAAUUGAGUUGAUGAAAGCACCGGACAGGGGAACUGAAAUUCCCAAAGAGGCAUCAUCCACCAUAUUGCUUUAACCUAUCCAGAGUUUUCAGAUCAAUGCAGAUUUUGUCAUGUGCCUUAGCAAUGAAAUGGAUGUUGUUCUGGUAGUAAAUCAAUUACUCCCCCCCCCCCCCCCCCAAGGACGAUGAGAUGAUGGCAGAGGAUGAGAUGGCAAAGCGUCGCGCUCACUUUCUCCUCAAACAGCAGCGGAAGAUGGAGGAGGCACGGCUCCGCAAACUGCAGACGGAGGCUGAGAGCGAACAGAAACGAGACGAAGCCAGGUACAAACCAUAGAGAUGUACUAGUGAGCUGUUCCCAAUGACCACCUCUUUAAUAGCAUGGGGAGAGCAAGUAGUCAAUUUCUGAAAUAUUUUGUAAAUAAAGUGUGUAGUAGUACUACCACCUACUGUAAUGGAGUGUGUAUAGUCUGAACAGCCAAGGUUGGUGAAUUACUGCCAACUGCAGUUAAGGAAUGUUUGCUUAGGUGUACAAUUAAUUGGCUGACCCCUACUGCUGACCUGGAUGGAAUUAUGUGAUCCUUCCUUAACCCAUAGCAAGUCCCACCCACUUGACUACUACAAAAUGGUGAACACCCUCAAUGAAGAGCUCUCUAGUAUCUCUAUUAUACAAACACAUCAGUGGCUGGUACAGAACAUACUCCAUCAUGGCGUGUGUGUAUGUUGUCAAUGUGCAGGGAUAAAGCAAGUGUGUGUGUGUUAUUUGUGAAGGCAAACCUAAAGCAGCUGUGUGUGUCUCUUUCCCCCCAGGCGUAAGGCAGAAGAGGACCGGGUGAGGAAGGAGGAGGAGAAGGUGCGGAGGGAGCUGAUCAAGCAGGAGUACCUGAGGAGGAAGCAGCAGGAGCUGAUAGAGGAGCAGGGUUUGGUUAAGCCCAGGCCCAGGAGUGAAGCCAGGAAGGCCCGGCCUAAGUCCCUGCAUCGUGGAGAGUCCAGCUCCGACACUGGCUUCUCCAAAGGAUCCUCCACACGUAAGGCCUACACUAAAACACUAUAACCCAAACCAACCCUAUCUCCCCUUUACAGAUUUGAACCUCCCCCUAAAGAAGUGUGUGUGGGGAGGUUGUUAAUUUAACCAAUCUCAUCCUCCCUCUAGUCUCUACUAACCCUGUCUCACCCUAUUCAUUGUUGCAUAUAGCGUCACCCCAUUGUUAUUGAUGUUCUCUUGAGGACUGGUACCCGACUGAAUGUUCUACUCAAUGCAUUUUGAAUUGCUGCUGAUUAAGAUUUCACAUUAUAGUGGCUUGGAAACACAAUGACAUUACUAAAGCUGGCAAAUAAUUCGUAGGGCGAUGUCACGCCAGGACAGCUCGAAAAUAUUUGGAGUAUCUCAGCACCUCUUCCCCCUCAGGAAGCUGAAAAUAUUUAGCAUGGGCCCUCAGAUCCUCAGAAAGUUCUACAGCUGCACCAUCAAGAGCAUCUUGACUGGCUGCAUUACCGCUUGGUAUUGCAAAUGCACCUCCCUUGACCGCAAAGCGCUACAGAGGACGGUGCGGACCGCUGUACCACACCAAAAUGUGGAAAAAGUCAAGGGGUUGAAUACUUAUUGACUCAAGACAUUUUAGCUUUUCAUUUUUUAUUCAAGUUGGAGCUGAGCCAAUCAGAGGACUUGGACGAGUAGUAUUUCGUAGUGCUAUUUUUAUCCCUCGAGCUGGAUGGCAGCUCUCCACUUUGCACUUUGUCUGUUGAUUCCAUUUGAUGUGUGAGGAAAAGGGUAAGGAAAAUGGAGAACUGUUUGCCAAAUAUACUUUCCAAAAUUGUAUGUGUUAGUCAUGCACAUCCCCAAUUUUAUUUCGUAGUUAGCUCCUUAGCUAAAGCGUCAUUACGACGAAGGUAGUUAGUACAGCGUUUGGUAAACUAAGCGGGAACACUUUCUUGUCCACACAUGCUUUGAUCUCCGCAACGGUAGUAGUAGGCGCGAGUAGCCUGACGACUCACACUAAAUUAUUCCGCAGCUCUGUCAUUCACUACAAGAAACUAACAUCCGUGGGCGUGGCGUAGCGUUUGGCCGGAUCAAGCAGUCUGGGUAGCCAGGUAAAGGCGGGAGCGCAUUGACAAGCAAAAGGAAAUGUGCAGUGUUGCGGUAGUUCAGUGCACUUCGCUGCGUGGAUGGAAACAGACAUGGCAGAGAAAGCUGUUCUGCUAAUACCGUCCUUCACAGAAAGUUAUGUUAGACUAUUAAAGAUUAGUAGGCCUAUGUUAAUUAAUCAGUUCUUGAUCUGUCCUCUUGAUAUACCGUGCCUUCAGAAAGUAUUUACACCCCUUGACUUUUUCCACAUUUUGUUCUGUUACAGCCUGAAUUUAAAAUUGAUUAAAUUGAGAUUUUGUCACUUAUCUACACACAAUACCCCAUAAUGUCAAAGUGGAAUUAUGUUUUUAGAAAUAUUUACAAAUUAAGUAAAAAUGGAAAGCUAAAAUGUCUUGAGUCAAUAACCCUUUUGUUAUGGUAAGCCUAAAUACAGUGUUCAGACCCCUUCACUUUUUCCACAUUUUGUUACCUUACAGACUUAUUCAAAUGGGUUAAAUAAAUAAAAAUACUAAUCAAUCUACACACAAUACCCCAUAAUGGCAAAGUGAAAACAGGUUUUUAGAAAUGUUUGCAAAAAACAGAUACCUUAUUUACAUAAGUAUUCAGACCCUUGGCUAUGAGACUCAAAAUUGAGCUCUGGAGCAUCCUGUUUCCAUUGAUCAUCCUUUAGAUGUUUCUACAACGUGAUUGGAGUCCACCUGUGAUAAAUUCAAUUGAUUGGACAUGAUUUGGAAAGGCACACACCUGUCUAUAUAAGGUCCCACAGUUGAGAGUGCAUGUCAGAGCAAAAACCAAGACAUGAGUUCUAAGGAAUUGUCCAUAGAGCUCCUAGACAGGAUUGUGUCGAGGCACAGAUCUGGGGAAGGGAUAAAACAUUUCUGUAGCAUUGAAGGUCCCAAAGAACACAGUGGCCUCCAUCAUUCUUAAAUGGAAGAGGUUUGGAACCAUCAAGACUCUUCCUAGAGCUGGCCGCCCGGCCAAACUGAGCAAUCGGGAGAGAAGGGCCUUGGUCAGGGAGGUGACUAAGAACCCGAUGGUCACUCUGACAGAGGUCCAGAGUUCCUCUGUGGAGAUGGGAGAACCUUCCAGAAGGACAACCAUCUCUGCAGCACUCCACCAGUCAGGCCUUUAUGGUAGAGUGGCUAGACGGAAUCCACUCCUCAGUAACAGGCACAUGACAGUCCGCUUGAAGUUUGCCAAAAGGCAACUAAAGUACAGAGAGAUCCUUGAUGAAAACCUGCUCCAGAGCACUCAGGACCUCCGACUGGGGGCGAAGGUUCACCUUCCAACAGGACAACGACCCUAAGCACACAGCCAAGACAACGCAGGAGUGGCUUCGGGACAAGUCUCUGAAUGUCCUUGAGUGGCCCAGCCAGAGCCCGGACUUGAACCCGAUCUAGCAUCUCUGGAGAGACCUGAAAAUAGUUGUGCAGCGACGCUCCCCAUCCAACCUGACAGAGCUUGAGAGGAUCUGCAGAGAAGAAUGGGAGAAACUCCCCAAAUACAGGUGUGCCAAGCUUGUAGCGUCAUACCCAAGAAGACUUGAGGUUUUAAUCGCUGUAAAGGUGCUUCAACAAAGUACUGAGUAAAGGGUCUGAAUAGUUAUGUAAAUGUUAUUAUUAUUAUUAUUAUAAUUUUUUUUACAAAUCAUCAUGAUUUUCUCAUUGUUUGUGAUACAAAUGUAAAAAGCAUGUCAAAAGGACUUUCUCCCAAUUAAGUUUAUAUGUGAGAAUUGCCAGAACAAUCUGAGAUUUCCAAAAUAUGUCCUGUUGUGGAAUCGGCCAGUAGGAAAUGCCUUUGUCAUUGUGAUGUCGUCAGAUUGACUUUAGAUGCUACCUAAGAUUGCGGGAAGAGCACCAGAUUUUAGCUAGCUAACUGCUAGGUAUUUUUGACUCACUUUUCUAGCUAAUGGCAACAUUGCCGUCAGUCUAAAGUAAAUUUGACGACAUCAUAACGAUGACAAAGUUGUUUCGUACUAAUUAUUUGCCUACUUUAGCAAUGUCAUUGUAUUUCCAAGCCACUACAAUGUAAUUUAGACACUAAACAAUCAUUAGCCCCCGUUGAGAAUGAUUGGGCACCACUUGACCUUCGGGAGUCACUAUUGCUGAGAACGUCUUGAGAACGUUCAUAACAAUGGCAUGACUCGACCGAGUGACGUAGGUGCAACCCAUGAAUACCACAAUGUCUUGUGUUGUGUGUGUGUAUUCUUUGUUUAGCUCUCCCAUGUUUGUAUUCUUUGUUUAGCUUUCCUGUGUGUGUAUUGUCUGUUUAGCCCUCGCGUGUGUUUUUUUGUCACCCAGGUUAUUCUCUGAGAGCGUCCAUGUUGAUGAGAGCCCAGGGUUCAGCAGCAGGCAGUAGGGGAGGUGAUACAUCUAACCUCAUCUGCAUGACCCCCUGACCUCAUAACAUCAUGCCAUACCUCAUAGGGCUAGGAGUUUUUCCUGGUCAGGUCAUGUCAGGAAAAUAUUCCAGCCUCAACCCACAACCCCUUCAGAAAGUCUGAUCAAAUGGACCACUAGCCCCUUUCCCCCUAAGCAGAUGUGAGAGAAUUGCAUAGAUUUGUGUAAUGUGAUUGGCUCACUUUGCACUCUUAUAGGAUCAGGGGAAUUUUCUCUCCAUCUCUCUCUCUCUCUCUCUCUCUCUCUCUCUCGCGGCAUGCCAUGAGGGUAAGAACCUGAUUGUGCCUGGCCAAUCAAGCAGAGAGCAAUGCCUGAGUUUGCAAUAAAAAAUGUAAAAAAGUUUGCAUAUCAGUCCACUGCCAAUGUGACAUCACACUGUGCCUGCUGCAUUGUGCCUUCUUGGCUUGUGUAAGCACGGGUUAGGGUUGUGCGAUAUUACAGUAGCAUCGUCUAUCGGUGAUGAUUGACAGCCAUCGUCCAAGUUGACGACAUCGAGAUGUGAGAGAAGAUGGUUUAGCCUAUUGGAACUUGACUGGCGGCGCGCAGUAAAAGAAAGUAGUGCAGCGCACAGCAGGGCAGCAACCAAGGGACAUAACAAGUAAUUUGCCUAUUGCUAUUUGCUAUAGCCUAUUUCAAUAAAUGUGUUUUAUAGCCUACAGAACGCAAGAGAGAAAUGUAAGGCAGACAGAGCGGAGAAUUCCACCAAAGCAGCACAACAUGUCUAGUCAGAAAAUAUUGUUUUACUCUCUCUGCCUAAACCAGUUUUUCCAUCUCAAAACGUUAUUUGAAUAGCCUAAAAACGUAAGGCAGCCAGAGGACUAAUAAUGAGUGAACAAGCAAUAUCAAUAGCCUACAGAAAAAUCUAAUGACAAGCUUAGUCAAGUUAAAGCUUAUUAAGAAAUAAAUUAUCCAUGCGGGUCAGGAAAAUCCCUCAAUGCGAGGUUAAGAACCAAAUGGCCAAAUUGUCCGACAAAGCCUAUCAUAAAAGCUUUAAGACAAGUUAAAGUUAUGAACAGCAGCUUAUUUCCCAAAUAUUCUAGCCUACAAAGGUGUUGUCCUAAAGUUGUUGUGGCUUUUUAAAAAAUAACAAGAAUGAAAGUCUAUAGCCUAAGCCUAGGCAUAGGCUAUUCUCAAUCUCAGAUAAAGCAAUUAUUUUCCAGUUCUGAACACUGCUUCUAUCCAGCCCAUGAUGUAGGUCUAUAACCGAGCUCACUAUGGUAAGGCAGCCUGUUCCUCAUCAGACAGUCACUGCUCCAUCACAGACACACACUUCUCCACCAGAAAGGAAUAUUAUAAAAGAUUUGCCAUUGCCUGCACUUAGCCUCUGCCCAAGUUUUCAACAACAUUAUCUUUCGUCAUGAUUUGUCCAGUUGCAUUCGAUUCCGCGCUAUAGCCCAACUGACGUUUUACAAUUUUUGGUCGGGGAGGGUGGCCAAUAGGAGCGAUAGCAUCAUAUAUUAUGAUGUUUUAUGUGUACAUAAUCACAAUAGGACAGGUUGACAUCACCCAACCAUUUGGGGUGAGGGUGUGAGUGAUGGUCAAGAGUUGGGAAAGGUUUGUAUUCAUUUACUAAUAAUUAAAUACACACAAAUGCUACUAUUUAGCAGAUUACAUUUAUUUAUUUGUACUUUUUACCCCUUUUUUUCCCGGAUCUGUAGUGACGCCUCUAGCACUGCGAUGCAGUGCCUUAGACCGCUGCUACACUCGGGAGGCAGCAGAUUACAUUUAUAACCACUAACAACAUUUCAGAAGAUGUUUUGAUUGUUUGAAGUAUGUCAAGUGCAGUGAAAAUAUGUUCAGUUUUGUUUUCAGUUGUAUAUCAGAACAAACAGUAAUUGGAACGACUAGCAUACCGCAAAAUAUUUUGCCUUUAGACCCGUUUCAUAUUAACAUGCGAGUACUUCAGUACUCAAUUUUUGUUUUAUGAGAGUACUCGAACACAGACAUUCUUUCAAAUGCCCAUCCCUAAUAAAGGUUAUCGUCAUAUGCUGCUUACAUGUUGAUGGUUAAUGAAUACCAGUGAAAUGACUGUUCAGUAUCUGUUUUUAUUUGGUGCACACAGACAUACACUGUAUUUACAAUAAUAAUAAUAUAUGCCAUGAAGCAGACAUUUUUAUCCAAAGCGACUUAUUGUUCUAUGUUAUUGAUUAACUCUUGUCUUGUUGACUUCCAGCGGACAUUCUCAGCUGUUUCCAGUCAGGCUCCACUCUCUCCUUGGCCACCGAGACAGAGAGUGUCACUUCUGGAGGGGCCGAGCCACAGAGGUGUGUGUGUGUGUGUGUGCGCGCGCGCACGCUCGUACGUGCAGGGUUGGGUGCGUGUGUUUGUUUCUGUGAGUAUGUGUUUGAGACAGAGAAACCCUGUUAACUAUGUGUGUGUGUGUGUGUUCCAGGGGUGGGUGUUCCAGGGGUGGGUCGGUGGAGUCGUUCCCUCUGCUAAACAGGAACUCCAUUAGGAACAUGGAGAGAGACUGGGAGAACGGCUCUACAGCCUCCUCCAUCACAUCUACAGCAGAGUACAAUGGUGAGUAUUACACAUGCACCCACACACACACCUGAGUACAAUGGUGAGUAGGCGUUUACAUGUUUUUAAACGAAAUUGGGAUCCUAACGAUAAGAAAAAUAUAUAUACAUAUAUAUCGAAAACAUUUAAUCACAUUGUUGCUGGGCUCACCUUCUCUUUCUCUUCACUAAUGAUGCGAGUGUGUCUUCAGUCUGUUGCCUGUGGAAUAUUCUAGCCUAUUCAUUGAUGAUAGGCCCUGCUAUACUGAAGUUCCGAGACAAUGCAAGCCAAGAAAUUGCGAAAUACAGCAUUCCAUUGCAAGAUACAGCUUUUGAUUGCUGAUAGAUAGGCCUAGUGCACAGUUCUGACUGUCUCUGCCUGGUGGCCAACAUGCCCAUACUGUGGCCCUCCCCUCUCUCUCUGUCUGUCCCUCCCUAGCUCGCCAUGGAAGAUGCAAGUGUUUGUGUUCUCGGAAGUUAGGCAACUAAUCAGUCUCCUCCGUUCAAAAAAGACUGAAUCUUUUUUUUUUUUACCUUUAUUUUAACAGGGGAUACCUAUUGAGACUUAGGUCUCUUUUCCAAAUGCGCCCUGUAUAUUACAAUAUAAAUAUACACAUUAUACACUAUCUAUAUACAGUACCAGUCAAAAGUUUGGACACCUACUCAUUCCAGGGUUUUACUUUAUUUUAACCAUUUUCUACAUUGUAGAAUAAUAGUGAAAACAUCAAAACUAUGAAAUAAAACAUACAGUGAGGGAAAAAAGUAUUUGAUCCCCUGCUGAUUUUGUACGUUUGCCCACUGACAAAGACAUGAUCAGUCUAUAAUUUUAAUGGUAGGUUUAUUUGAACAGUGAGAGACAGAAUAACAACAAAAAAAUCCUGAAAAACGUAUGUCAAAAAUAUUAUCAAUUGAUUUGCAUUUUAAUGAGGGAAAUAAGUAUUUGACCCCUCUGAAAAACAUGACUUAGUACUUGGUGGCAAAACCCUUGUUGGCAAUCACAGAGGUCAGACGUUUCUUGUAGUUGGCCACCAGGUUUGCACACAUCUCAGGAGGGAUUUUGUCCCACUCCUCUUUGCAGAUCUUCUCCAAGUCAUUAAGGUUUCGAGGCUGACGUUUGGCAACUCGAACCUUCAGCUCCCUCCACAUAUUUUGUAUGGGAUUAAGGUCUGGAGACUGGCUAGGCCACUCCAGGACCUUAAUGUGCUUCUUGAGCCACUCCUUUGUUGCCUUGGCCAUGUGUUUUGGGUCAUUGUCAUGCUGGAAUAUCCAUCCACGACCCAUUUUCAAUGCCCUGGCUGAGGGAAGGAGGUUCUCACCCAAGAUUUGACGGUACAUGGCCCCGUCCAUCGUCCCUUUGAUGCGGUGAAGUUGUCCUGUCCCCUUAGCAGAAAAACACCCCCAAAGCAUAAUGUUUCCACCUCCAUGUUUGACGGUGGGGAUGGUGUUCUUGGGGUCAUAGGCAGCAUUCCUCCUCCUCCAAACACGGCGAGUUGACUUGAUUCCUAAGAGCUCGAUUUUGGUCUCAUCUGACCACAACACUUUCACCCAGUUCUCCUCUGAAUCAUUCAGAUGUUAAUUGGCAAACUUCAGACUGGCAUGUAUAUGUGCUUUCUUGAGCAGGGGGACCUUGCGGGCGCUGCAGGAUUUCAGUCCUUCACGGCGUAGUGUGUUACCAAUUGUUUUCUUGGGGACUAUGGGCCCAGCUGCCUUGAGAUCAUUGACAAGAUCCUCCCGUGUAGUUCUGGGCUGAUUCCUCACCGUUCUCAUGAUCAUUGUAACUUCACGAGGUGAGAUCUUGCAUGGAGCCCCAGGCCGAGGGAGAUUGACAGUUAUUUUGUGUUUCUUCCAUUUGCGAAUAUCGCACCAACUGUUGUCACCUUCUCACCAAGCUGCUUGGCGAUGGUCUUGUAGCCCAUUCCAGCCUUGUGUAGGUCUACAAUCUUGUCCCUGAGAUCCUUGGAGAGCUCUUUGGUCUUGGCCAUGGUGGAGAGUUUGGAAUCUGAUUGAUUGAUUGCUUCUGUGGACAGGUGUCUUUUAUAUAGGUAACAAGCUGAGAUUAGGAGCACUCCCUUUAAGAGUGUGCUCCUAAUCUCAGCUUGUUACCUGUAUAAAAGACACCUGGGAGACAGAAAUCUUUCUGAUUGAGUGGGGGUCAAAUACUUAUUUCCCUCAUUAAAAUGCAAAUCAAUUUAUAACAUUUUUGACAUGGGUCUUUCUGGAAUCUGUCUCUCAAUGUUCAAAUAAACCUACCAUUAAAAUGAUAGACUGAUCAUUUCUUUGUCAGUGGGCAAACGUACAAAAUCAGCAGGGGAUCAAAUACUUUUUUCCCUCACUGUACAUAGAUACAUACAUAUACACACACACACACACACACACACAUUAAAAUACAAAAACACAGUCAUGGUAAGCACAAAUAAAACAUCACAAAUCACCCAGAAAAUCAGUUAUAUUCCUACACAAAUAAGUCCCCAAUCAAUACUUUACAUUUCCUGAACGGCACCAGAACAUCAAGAUUAAAUGUGUUUUGAAUUUUGUUCCAGCUAUAUGGUGCAUUAAAACUAAAAGCAGAUUUACCUAGCUCUGUGAAGACCGUAGGAACCUCAAGAGUUAACCAAUCCGGUGAACGGGUUAGGCAACUCAGGUGUCUAUACUUCAACAGCAAAGUUAGAUAAUACAGAAGUUUAUGUGAAGUAGGGCCUUGUAAACAAAAAGGAGUAAUGUAGAGAUCUAUGGGUCUUUAGCGAAGUCCAGCCAACCUUUUGAUACAAGAUGCAGUGAUUAGUAUCAAAACUGUCGCCUGUAUCAAAACGAAGGCCACUAUGGUAGAUGGCAUCCAAAGAUUUAAGAGUAGUAGCAGCUGAUGAAUAAUUUCACAAUAAUCAAGAACAGAUAAAAAGGUUGACUGAAUAAUCUGUUUCCUACUGGUUAGAGAAAGGCACGAUCUGUUUCUGUAGAAAAAGCCAACUUUAAAUCUUAGCUCAUCUAUGUUUUUUAAACAUCAAAUCCAUAUCGAUCCAAAUGCCUAAGUAUUUAUAUGCGGGUAUACAUUUGAUUGGAGAACCAUCUAAUGUAGUUAAUCUGAAACAUUCUUGCAAGAGUUUAAAAACAACAUUUCGUUUUGCCCGUAUUAAGCACACGUUUUAAAUCAGCAUAGCUAUAAAAUCUGACUGUAGUUUUGACACAGCCAGAUCAACAUAGCAUACAAAAUAGUAUUUUAGGAGUUGAUUCCUAACGGAAUUAGUUUUCUUUCUACUAAAUGUCUUGGUAAAUCACGGUAUUUAACCAACUUUAAAGUACUUUUUCAGGAGAGAGGGGUCUGCGCGCAGUAGGCAAGUAGGCUGUGCGCAGGCAGCUCAAGAUUAUUUGAUUGACUGUUCUUGUUCUAGUGAUUAGUCCAGCUUUAGAAGCGGCAUUCCUUUACAGACAAGUCAAAUGCUCGUUCAGUGGCGCUUAGAAACUUUCUCCAGAGAAGGUUUUGUGUCGGCAUUUAUUAAAAAGCCGUAGUGUACGCUUACAGACAAACGAACAUGCUGUAGCCGAGGCGCUUUCAAGGGUAUAUGACUGUGGUAGAUAUAACUUCAUUGCCCAGCCGUAGCGGUCAUACAUACGUAAUAGGACCAUUAUUGUGCAUUGUGAAUUGACGUGGAACUUAUGAUUUUUUGUUAUCGCUUUAACGGAAAAUGGCUGUUUAAACGUUAAGCAAAAUGUUUCAUUUUUCACAUCCCUAAUGGUGAGUAUUACACACACACACUCAGAGUACAAUGGUGAGCAUUACGGUUUCUGUCCUCGUUGCAGGUCCCAAGCUGUUUAAGGAGUGUGUUUCCAAGUCCAACAAGCCUAUAAUCCACAAUGCCAUCACCCACUGCUGCCUGGCUGGCAAGGUCAACGAAGCCCAGAAAAACACCAUCCUAGAGGUCAGUCCAUCCAUAGUAUGGCAGUACUAGAAGGCCUCCGUGAUUUUACUAUAGCCAAUGAUUUUUCCUCAUUACCAGUGAAAAUAAUUUGAGGUGAGUCCAUAGUGUUGUAGUUCUAUACUGAACAAAAAUGUAAACGUAAUAUGUAAAGUGUUGGUCACAUGUUUCAUGAGCUGAAAUAAAAUAUCCCAGAAAUGUUUCAUAUGCACAAAAAGUGUAUUUCUCAACAAACAAAAAAAUCACACAUUUGUUUACAUCCCUGUUCGUGAGCAUUUCUCCUUUGCCAAGAUAAUCCAUCCACCUGACAGGUGUGGCAUCUCAAGAAGCUGAUUAAACAGCAUGAUCAUUACACAGGUGCGCCUUGUGCUGGGGACAAUAAAAGGCCACUCUACAAUGUGCAGUUUUGUCACACAAUACAAUGCCACAGAUUUUUCAAGUUUUGAGGGAGGGUGCAAUUGGCAUGCUGACUGUUGGAAUGUCCACUAGAGCUGUUGCCAGAUAAUUUAAUGUUAAUUUCUCGACCAUAAUCCGCCUCCAACAUGGUUUUAGAGAAUUUGGCAGUACGUCCAACCGGCCUCACAACCGCAGACCACGUGUAACCACGCCAGCCCAGGACCUCCACAUCCGGCUUCUUCACCUGCGGAAUUGUCUGGGACCAGCCACCCGGACAGCUGAUGAAACUGUGGGUUUGCACAACUGAAGAAUUUCUGCACAAACUGUCAGAAUGCAUAGUGCCCACUGUAAAGUUUGAUGGAGGACGAAUAAUGGUCUGGGGCUGUUUUUCAUGGUUCGGGCUUGGCCCCUUAGUUCCAGUGAAGGGAAAUCUUAACACUACAGCAUACAGUGACAUUCUAGAUGAUUCUGUGCUUCCAACUGUGUGGCAACAGUUUGGGGAAGGCCCUUUCCUGUUUCAGCAUGACAAUGUCCCCGUGCACAAAGCGAGGUCCAUACAGAAAUGGUUUGUCGAGAUCAGUGUGGAAGAACUUGACUGGCCUGCACAGAGCCCUGACCUCAACCCCAUCGAACACCUUUGGGAUGAAUUGGAACGCCGGCUGCGAGCCAGGAUAAUCGGCCAACAUCAGUGCCCGACCUCACUAAUGCUCUUGUGGCUGAAUGGAAGCAAGUCCCCACAGCAAUGUUCCAACAUCUAGUGGAAAGCCUUCCAAGAAGAGUGGAGGCUGUUGUAGCAGCAAAGGGGGGACCAACUCCAUAUUAAUGCCCAUGAUUUUGGAAUGAGAUGUUUGACGAGCAGGUGUCCACAUAUUUUUGGUCAUUCUGCACAAACUGGCAGAAACCGUCUCAGGGAAGCUCAUCUGUAUGCUCGUCGUCCUCACCAGGGUCUUGACCUGACUGCAGUUCGGCAUCAUAACCGACUUCAGUGGGCAAAUGCUCACCUUAGAUGGCCACUUGCACGCUGGAGAAGUGUGCUCUUCACGGAUGAAUCCCGGUUUCAACUGUACUGGGCAGAUGGCGUUGUGUGGGCGAGCGGUUUGCUGAUGUCAACUUUGUGAACAGAGUGCCCCAUGGUGGCGGUGGGGUUAUGAUAUGGGCAGGCAUAAGUUACGGACAACAAACACAAUUGCAUUUUAUUGAUGGCAAUUUGAAUGCACAGAAAUAUCAUGACGAGAUCCUGAGGCCCAUUGUGAGGCCCAUUUAUUUUAAGGUAUCUGUGAUAAACAGAUGCAUAUCUGUAUUCCCAGUCAUGUGAAAUCCAUAGAUUAGGGCCUAAUGAAUUUAUUUCAAUUUAAUGAUUUCCUUAUAUGAACUGUAACUCAGUAAAAUCUUUGAAAUUGUUGCAUGUUGCAUUUAUAUUUUUGUUCAGUGUAGAAGGCCUCUGCAAUUUCAGUAUAGCAAAUGAAUUUUCCUCAUUACCUGUGAAAAUUAUUUGAGGUGUAUCAAUAGUAUCGUAGUUCUAGAAGGCGUCUAUGAUUUUGCUAUAGCCAAUUAAUUUUCCUCAUUACUAGUGUCAAUAAGUUAUAUACAGCAAAGAGAAAACAAUCUGGGUCAGUAAAAACAUUGGAAUGUUUGGCCUAAAUGUUCUGAGAAAAAAAUAUUUUAGAAAGAUCAGCUUGAAAUUGACAUGGUAUAUAGAUUCAACAACCAAUUUGUUCAAGUAUUAACCAGAAAAUAAAUAGACUAGUUAUUUCUCAAUGUUUAUAUAGCUACCUUGGUUAUCCUGUUUGGUUAUACAGUACCGGUCAAAAGUUUGGACACCUACUCAUUCAAGGGUUUUUCUUUAUUUGUACUAUUUUCUACAUUGUCGAAUAAUAUUGAAGACAUCAAAACUAUGAAAUAACACAUAUGGAUUCAUCUAGUAACCAAAAAAGUGUUAAACAAAUCAAAUGAAAGCUUUGCACACUCUUGGCAUUCUCUCAACCAGCUUCAUGAGGAAUGCUUUUCCAACAGUCUUGAAGGAGUGCCCACAUAUGCUGAGCACUUGUUGGCUGCUUUUCCUUCACUCUGCGGUCCAACUCAUCCCAAACCAUCUCAAUUGGGUUGAGGUCGGUGGAUUGUGGAGGCCACUUCAUCUGAUGCAGCACUCCAUCACUCUCCUUCUUGGUCAAAUAGCCCUUACACAGCCUGGAGGUGUUUUUUGGGUCAUCGUCCUGUUGAAAAACAAAUGAUAGUCCCACUAAGCGCAAACCAGAUUGGAUGGCGUGUCGCUGCAGAAUGCUGUGGUAGCCAUGCUGGUUAAGUGUGCCUUGUGUAGAGGAUUCUUUGCACAGUGCUGAUAUUCUCUUAUUCUUAAACAAACCCUAAGCUUUAGAAAAUGACACAGACAACGACUUCUGAGUGUAUAUAUAAAAUACCUGUAGUUAUGCAAUUGCAGGUAGAAGUUAAUACAGAGUCACACAGGAUUUGGAUGGCUCCUCAUAAGUUCUACAAAAGUGUCUGAAACAAACUCUGCCUUUUAUACAAGUACUCCCCCGGGCAGAUCAGGAGCCAUCUUGUUCUCUUCCUGUGGCUAUGUGUAUCAAGUCAUAGCGCACAAACAAGUGAUAACGUUAGCUCCAUCACUGCCCAUAUCUCCACACAGCUGUGCCCUUGGAAGAUAGUAAAAGACAGGAUGAACUGAAAAACUGUGGUCACUCUAAGGCUCUUUGUUUUAACCGUGUGACCGGGUUACUCUGAAGCAAUAAGAAACAAUACAGGUCUACACAGGUCUAUCUGUUCCUGAAGUUUAUCACCAUCCCAUGUCCUUGACUACACGCCCAGACCAGCUGCAGGGAGCUAGAGGGAACCAUCCUUUCUCAGAAGCACAGUAUUUGCACCAAAUAAAUGUCUCAACUAUUGUUAAGCAUAUUAAUUGUUAACUAUUAAUAUUAAACAAAUCAGGCAAAUCAGGCAAAUACGUGUAUUCCCCAACACAGACAGUGUCAACAGCAAAGCACCAUCACACCUCCUCCUCCAUGCUUCAUGGUGGGAACCACACAUGCGGAGAUCAUCUGUUCACCUACUCUGCUUCUCACAAAGACACAGCGGUUGGAACCAAAAAUCUCACAUUUGGACUCAUCAGACCAAAGGACAGAUUUCCACCAGUCUAAUGUCCAUUGCUCGUGUUUCUUGGUCCAAGCAAGUCUCUUCUUCUUAUUGGUGUCCUUUAGUAGUGGUUUCUUUGCAGCAAUUCGACCAUGAAGGCCUGAUUCACACAGUCUCCUCUGAACAGUUGAUGUUGAGAUGUAUCUGUUACUUGAACUCUGUGAAGCAUUUAUUUGGGCUUGACAUUUUCCGUGUUGACUGACCUUCAUGUCUUAAAGUAAUGAUGGACUGUCGUUUCUCUUUGCUUAUUUGAGCUGUUCUUGCCAUAAUAUGGAGUUGGUCUUUUACCAAAUAGGGCUAUCUUCUGUAUACCACCCCUACCUUGUCACAACACAACUGAUUGGCUCAAACGCAUUAAGAAGGAAAGCAAUUCCACAAAUUAACUUUUAACAAGACACACCUGUUAAUUGAAAUGCAUUCCAGGUGACUGCCUCAUGAAGCUGGUUGAGAGAAUGCCAAGAGUGUGCAAAGCUGUCAUCAAGGCAAAGGGUGGCUACUUUGAAGAAUCUCAAAUAUAAAAUAUAUUUUGAUUUGUUAAACACUGUUUUGGUUACUACAUGAUUCCAUAUGUGUUAUUUCAUAGUUGUGAUGUCUUCACUAUUAUUCUACAAUGUAGAAUAUAGUAAACAAAAAGAAAAACCCUGGAAUGAGUUGGUGUGUCCAAACGUUUGACUGGUACUGUAAAUUCCUCUGUUUCCCACUGUAUAAUAGAGUUUGAAAUUCUUUUUUCCGUGGUUACUGAUGGUUGUUUCUUCCAUCUGUCUCUCCAAUGCCAGGAGCUGGAGAGGUGUGAGGCCAACCACCUGAUGAUUCUGUUCAGGGACGGGGGCUGCCAGUUCCGAGCCAUCUACUCCUUCUCCCCCGACACAGAGGAGAUCGUCAAGUUCACCGGCACGGGGCCGCGCAGCAUCAGCCGCAAGAUGAUCGACAAGCUCUACAAGUACAGCUCCGACCGCAAGCAGUUCAACUGCAUCCCCGCCAAGACCGUGUCAGUCAGCGUGGAUGCCCUGACCAUACACAACCACCUGUGGCAGAUCAAGAGGCCCAGCGGAUCUUCUAGGAAGAAGUGA